AUAGCCAGUAAUUAAAGUACACGUAGUACAUGCACAAAGUAUACCCUUUGGUGCAUGCCAGUACAAUUGAUACAAAGUAUUGAUAUUAAUAUCAUUUCAGCACAAAGAAUACUUUGUGAUUUAAGUUUGACUAGAAACAUCAAAUUUUCUUUCGCAGAUUGUGAAUAUAUUUUAUAAUGGAUGAAGAAGGUGAACAAAAGCAAUGUCUUAAAGCAAGACCAUAUCAAUUGGAAUUACUGGAAUAUGUGUGCAAAAGAAAUGGCAUUAUUUAUUUGCCAACUGGAGCUGGGAAAACUUUUAUUGCGGUUUUGGCAUUGAAACGCUUUUCGGCCCAACUAAGGGAAACUAUACAAAAUGGAGGUAAAAGAGCCAUUUUUAUGUGUAAUACGGUAGAGCUGGCACGCCAACAAUUUAAGGUCUUACAAAAGACCACCAAUUUGGAAAUUGGCCUCUACAUAGGCGAACGAGAUGUUGACAAUUGGACACGCCGACAAUGGGAAACGGAAAUUCAAAAGAAACAAGUUCUAGUUGGGACAGCUCAAAUAUUUCUCGACAUAGUCAAUCAAAAUCUUAUAAAAAUAACCGACUUAAGCAUUGUUAUUAUCGAUGAAUGCCAUCAUGCAACAGGUAAUCAUCCAAUGCAUGAAUUCCUUAGUGCUUUUCAGUAUUGUGAUCAAAGUAAAUUACCACGUGUUAUCGGUUUAACCGGUGUCAUUAUAAAGGGCAAUAAAUUGGGACAAGUUAUACAAGAGCUAAAUAAACUGGAGGCCACUUUUCGGGGUAAUAUUGUGACGAUACAAGAUUUGGAACAAAUGAAAAAUGUUAUGGUUUACUCAACAAAACCCAUCGAAUUAAUGGUAACAUUCUCAAGUCACAGUCACAGCUUUCAUGCAGUGGAAAAGGUUAAACAAAUCAUUGCAAACUGUGUUAAUGUUAUAAAAAAUUUCGAUAUUGGCAUAGUGCCACAAAAAAUGUCCAAAAGUCUUGCAUCAUUACGCGCACCAAAUAAAAAAAGUAAUAUUACAAAUUUACUAAAUGAUUUUAUUUAUCAAAUGGAAGAUUUCGGUUUAUAUACAGCAUCGAUAGCUAUCAUGUCACCGAUAAUCGAGUUUGAAGUUAAAAAACGUCAAGCUGAAACACUAGCCCUGCGAAAUUUAUAUCGUUUUGUUAUUCAAUGCUGUGAACGUGUUCGUCAUAUUAUUGUCAAUGAGCUGAAAAGUUUAUUGGACGACGAUGAGACCGAUUGGAAUACGCUUGAAAUAAUCGAAAAUUUCUCAACUCCCAAAUUGAAAUCUUUAUUCGGACAAUUGAAGGAGAAGUUUGCGGGAAAACAAGCUGAUGAUAUUGCUUGUUUGCUCUUUGUAGAACGGCGUUAUACCGCUAAAUGUGUGUAUUAUGUAAUAAAAAACUACAUAACUCAUAUUCCACAAUUAAAAAAUGCUUUACGUCCACAAUUUAUGGUUGGACGACAAAGUAUACUUUACAGCAUUGAGAGUAUAUUGGAUACUAAAUGGAACCAGAAGGCCAUAGAUGAAUUUCGCUGUAAACAAUGUAAUAUUAUUAUCUGCUCGAAUGUUCUGGAAGAAGGUAUUGAUGUACAAGCCUGCAAUUAUGUAUUCGCUUUCGAUCCUCUGAAAACCUUUAAUUCUUACAUACAAACUAAGGGUCGUGCCCGUUCUAGUAAUUCAUAUUAUACGGUUUUUAUUAAUGAAUCAGAAAAGAUGCAGACGUUACAGAAAAUCAAAACGUAUCGUGAAACACACGAACUAAUUAAACAGUUUUUAAGUUCUCGAACUUUGGAUCGUGAUGACCCGAACGAAGAGGAAAUCGCCAAACAGUUUGUUGAGCUUAUACCACCAUUUAUAAUACCGAGUGGUGCACGUUUGAUUGCAUCAUCAGCUUUGGCGCUCUUACAUCGUUAUUGUCAGACUUUACCGUGGGAUAGUUUUGGUUCUUCACAGCCUUGGUAUAAUAAGUUGCCACCAAAUAAUGAUGGUAAAAUAGCGGUUACUGUUUGUUUACCGCUCCAGUCUACUGUUAGAGAAGUAAUUGUGAGUGAUUAUUUCCCCACAACUAAAGAAGCUAAAAUAUCUGCUGCCUUUAAAGCAUGUGUGAAACUUUACGAAAAUGGUGAACUUAAUCAUUUACUUUUACCUUUUUCAAAAACUGAGUGCAUUGCCAAAGUUUCAGAUAAUCUUUUUGAACAUUGGAAGAAAUACAAUGAUGAUAUUACUCAACUUAAACAAGCAGCGGGAAAACAACUGAAACGUACUUAUGAGCGACAAUGUCCCGAUGAACUAAAAUCUUCCUUACCACGACUAGGACAAAAAGCCUACGCUUAUGCCAUGGAAUUUUCAACAGAUUUCGAAACGAAUACCUAUAAUGAGCACAUAGUCAAGUAUUUGGGGACAAAAACUACCUACGCCUUACUUCUUAAUAAGAAACUACCAAAAUUGGCUAAAAUGCCUUUAUUCAUGUCACAGGGUAAAUUACAUGUUAAAAUCUCUGAACAGCCCAUCGAAUGUGUUAUACAGACUGAGGAACAACUCAAACAAUUGCAACAAUUUCAUACAAUGCUAUUUCGAGAUCUUUUACGUUUAUGGAAAGAAUUUCUUGUUGUCGAUCGUAGAGAUGAAGAAAAUUCUUAUCUCAUUAUACCACUAGAUGAAAUAUCUACCAUUGAUUGGCAGUUAAUAAAGAAAUUUCAACAUUUAAAUCCAUGUCGCAAGUAUACUCACGCUGAACGACAGAAUGCACAAUACCGGCCACAAGAUUAUCUAAAUAAGGUGGUAACCAAAUGGUACACCGAUCUUCAGUAUGAAGAUUUUGUUGUCACCAAAGUGCGUGAAGAUUUAACGCCAUUGAGUCAGUUCGAUAAUAAGCAAUACGGCACCUAUGCCGAUUUCUAUUCUUCACGCUACAGUAUGGACAUUACUAAUAAGAAACAAUUUUUAUUGGAAGUCAAGAGUUUAACACAACGUCGUAACUUCUUUAAUAAUGCCAGCAAUAAGAGUAAUGAAAAGCGAAAGGAACUGAAUAAAAUCAUUUUAAUACCAGAACUUUGUCACAACUAUAAAUAUCCAGCCGAUUUAUGGUUGAAAGCAUUGUUUUUGCCUACAAUUCUACAUCGUGUCUAUUAUAUGUUGCAUGCUGAAGCGUUACGCAAACGCAUUAAUAAAUAUUUGAAUUUGGAUAAAUACUUUAAUAAUUAUUCACCACAGCCUUUAAAAAUCGAUGAGUCCUUGAAGAGAGUACUAGACGAUGAUGGAAAUCUUGUUAAAGAAAAAGAGCAUCCUAAAAAGGUACUAGUUUCUUUGCCAACUAAAAAACAAACAACAGCAAACUAUAAAGUAUGUCCUCUAAAUACUGAAGAAACUGCAUGGAAAGAUUAUUUAGAACCGGUAGAUUUCUCACGUAAACUCGAUAUGGCAUAUCCGAUUGAAAUCGAUUACUAUUAUAAAUUCAUUAUGAGCUUAAUACCAGAAGUUGAAAAUUUAAGAUUAAAUGAAGAAAUGGAAUAUUCAAAAUCUCAAUUUGAUAUGCCAAUCAUGACUCCAGAAGUGAGUACGUCAGAAAGAGCAUUUAAUGAUAAUAUAAAGCAACUUGCCAUUAAGGAUGCUAGUACGGCAGAAAAAAUCGAAAUAGAAAUGUUGAAAAGAAAUUUUGAACCAGAUCAUAGUUUAAAAUCAGCCGAACAGUAUGAAUUCUUGGCGGCUAUAACAGCAGCACGUGUAAAUGAUGUCUUUGAUAUGGAACGUUAUGAACUACUAGGUGAUGCUUUCUUAAAAUUCUCAACCUCAUUAUAUUUGGCCAAUAAGUAUACUAAUUGGCAUGAAGGUUUCUUAACAAUCGUUAAGGGUCGCAUGGUAUCAAAUCGUAAUUUGCUGUAUUGCAUGAACGACUCCAAUAUUUGUCAAAUGAUUUGCUCCACUCUAUUUAAUCCCAAUGCUAGCUGGGUUCCGCCUUUAGCUAGUCUGCCGUCGAAUCUCUUAGAACUGUUAAAGAAAAAAUUACCAGCUGCUUCCACCUUAAGUCCCAGCGAUUUUUAUAGUCUCCAAUUAACCGAAGAGGAAAUUUUGUCAGGAAAGUGUUCUGCUGAAAAGUUGGAACGUUUUGAUCAGGCCUGCAUUAAAAACCAAGAACUGGUGGCAGGCAAUGUGGAAAUAGAUCUCGAAAACGAUAUGAAUAUCUUCAUAAAUAGGGAUGUUAUAAGAGACAAAAUCGUUGCCGAUACCUUGGAAGCUCUGUUAGGUGUAUGUGUUAAGAAUUAUGGUAUACAUCGUAGCUUCCGUAUGCUAGAAUUUUUUGGCAUUUGCAAAGGUGAAAGUCAAAGUUCUUUGGUAAAUCUAUUAGAUUUAAAAUUAUGUGGCAGUCAAUUACGGGCAAAUAUUUCGAAAAAAGAAAUCGACGGCUUCCUGGGUGAAUACAAAUAUUUGGAAAGAAAUCUUGGCUAUACAUUCCGUGAUCGUGCUUAUUUGUUGCAGGCUUUAACACAUCCCUCUUAUCCCACAAAUCGUUUAACCGGUUGUUAUCAAGAACUGGAGUUUAUUGGUGAUGCCAUAAUCGAUAUGUUGAUAACAUGUUAUAUAUUCGAACGCCACCAGAAUAUGAAUCCCGGUAAAAUGACUGAUUUGCGUAUGGCUUUAGUUAACAAUAUCACUUUAGGCUGUAUAUGUGUGCGCCAUAAGUUUCAUUUAUUUUUACUUUCCGAAAAUUCAGCCUUAUUCGAAGCCAUCAAAACUUUUGCCGACUUUCAGGAAAGCCAAAAUUACCGUGUCACCGAUCAAGUACGCAUAUUGAUGGAAGAAAAUAAUGAUUCCAUUAAUCCUUUCAAUGAUAUUUUAAACGAUUCUAAUAACGAGGAAGACAAUAGUGAGAAUGAUGAUGAGGACAUGGAAAGGACAGAGCACAGUGAAUGGCCACAUGAAAAGAAAGCCUAUAAUUUAGCAAAAAAUGUUGAUGUUCCCAAGGCUCUGGGUGAUAUUGUUGAAGCUCUAAUAGCGGCUGUAUAUUUGGAUUGUCGUAAUUUAGAUAUUACUUGGCAAGUUAUCUACAAUUUGAUGAAGUUUGAACUUGAAGAGUUCUCACGCAAUGUUCCCAUAGAUCCGGUGCGUCAAUUGGAAGAAAAUAAACAAGCCAAACCGAAAUACAAACCACCUGUUAUAGACAAUAAUGAUGUGAUGGUCGAAUGUGUCUUUAAUUGUUUGGAUAAAUUACUUACAACGCAUGGUUUUGGUUGUAAUGCGAAACAAGCUAAAAAAGCAGCCGCCAAACAAGCUUUACAAAUACUAGCUAAACAUUCUAAUUAAUGCAGUUUUAAGAUUUUUUUAUUUAUAUUUUAAUAAACGUUUCCCUAUGCAAAAGAGUUAUUAGUUAUGUUUGAGAAACCAAGUCAAAAUUUCCUCCAACUUCAAGUAUUUAUGGGCAGUUUUUUAACUUGGAUUUCUUUAUUACUUAUGUUUGAGAAAACGCACUUAAGUGGGAUUAGUUGGGCAAAAUUUUCUCCAAUUAUAAACACUAAUGUGCCUCAAACUUUAAACAUGUAUAUCCUGGGGCACAGUGACAAGUUGGUUGUUCUUAUUGUAACUGUUAGACUGUGGCCGAUAGUUAUUUCCUAGGAAUAGAGCUGUCGCUAGAUUGACAAUCUUUGAACGAGUAUAACUCGGAUCGUUCCGCAACGAAUAUCCAAUUGUCGUAGGAACGUUGACUAGUUGGUCAUUUGGUUUACCACCCCAAUUAGUAGAACAUUUUCUACUACAAACAAAAGCAGUAAGCAAUCAUUUAAAAAGUAGUACAUUCUAAAGGUAUUUCCCUUUCACUACUUUGUAAUUGACUUCGUAUGGAUGUCAUGAGUUCGAUUCUCACCAAAGAAUCUGGCAAAUGAACGUUCUACAGAACUAACUAACUAACUCAACUUUUUAUUUCCUUUUUUUUUCAAUUUUAAAAGUUUUGCUAGCCUAUAAAGUAUAUAUAAUCUGUUUAAAUCUACAUGAUGGAUUAUUCUUUAAGAAAAAAGUUUUAAAAUUUUCCUAUUUGUUAUUUUCAAAAUUUAUUCAUAAAUAUUAGAGAUGUAAACAAAAUUUUGUUGAACAUCUAUAUCUAUAUGUAUAUCGAAAGAAAGACAUUUCGAAUAUGUUUCAUUUGAUAUACAAUAUUUCAAGGAAUGUGUGUGCAUGAGAUACAUACAAUCUUUUAAACUUUAAGAUUUAACUCAUAUUUUAACUAAAACUAUAAAAAAUCUAGAAAUAAAUUAAAAUAUAAAAAUAAUAUUGUUAUUAAAAAUAUACUUUGGUGAAGGGUUUAUAUAGAUAAAAUAAGGCAAAGCCGUAUACAUAUAUUAUUCUUACUUGUUAGCAUUAAUUAAAUUGUGUAAAACGCAAAUACAAUAUUACUAUUUUUAUUAAAAACUUUAA